AUGGCUCUGCCAUGUGGACUAGUCAAACAAUCCCCCGGUUGGAUUGUUUCCCCAAUAUGCUUUGUAUCGCCCGCUGAGGGUAUAAAUCGUGAGGCCGGAGGCCUUUGUUGUAAAUUGUUUAUUGCUUGUAAAGCAUGCUGCCAGUUGGGGAGACUCUGUCAAAUUUUUGGUAGAAAGUCUCGGUCUUUAGUAAGUGGGCCCGGCAUCGGGGUGAUGUCGGAAUUUAGGCGGGGUCCGUCCCGAUUUCCGAGGAGAUUCGGGGCGGGUCCUAUCAGCUUGGUAUCAGAGCAUUAG